GGUUAAUAGAUCUUCGGAUUGCAGAGGAGCUCGGAAUUAUGUCUCACCAGACCGGCAUCCAGGCUAGUGAAGAUGUUUUGGAAAUGUUUGCCAGAGCCAGGAAUGGAAAGUACAGACUGCUUAAACUGGACAUUGAAGAUGAGCAACUGACUGUGACUGCAUGUGAAAAGCCAGCAAGCUCCUGGGAACAAGAAUAUGACAGCUUAAUUCUACCAUUACUAGAAGACAAACAGCCAUGUUAUAUUAUGUACAGGCUUGAUUCCCAGAAUGCCCAAGGCUUUGAGUGGAUUUUCAUUGCUUGGUCACCAGACCACUCCCAUGUUCGACAAAAAAUGCUUUAUGCUGCAACAAGAGCCACUGUGAAAAAGGAAUUUGGUGGAGGGCAUAUAAAAGAAGAACUUUUUGGAACAGUUAAGGAUGAUAUAUCAUUGAAAGGAUACUACAAAUACUUGGCAUGCCAGUCAUCUCCUGCACCUCUCACCAUGGCAGAAGAGGAGUUAAGACAGAUAAAGAUCAAAGAGACUCAGGUGGAUAUUGGGGUAGAUACUAAACACCAGACACUCCAAGGAAUAGCUUUUCCAAUCGAAAAAGCAGCAUUCCAGGCACUGGAACAGUUAAGAGAAAAGAGACUAAACUAUGUACAGUUGAAAAUAGAUAUAAAGAACGAAACUAUAAUUUUGGCUGACACUACCAAUACAGAAGUAAGAGACUUACCAAAGAGGAUUCCAAAAGAUGCAGCUCGUUACCAUUUCUUUCUUUAUAAGCAUUCCCAUGAAGGAGACUAUUUGGAUUCUUUUGUGUUUAUUUACUCAAUGCCUGGAUAUACAUGCAGUAUACGAGAACGAAUGCUAUACUCGAGCUGCAAGAGCCCUCUGCUAGAUGUUAUAGAAAAUCGGCUUCUUAUGGAGAUUGCAAGAAAGAUUGAAAUAGACAAUGGAGAUGAACUGACUCCGGAUUUCUUGUAUGAAGAAGUACACCCAAAGCAACAUGCACACAAGCAAAAUUUUGCUAAGCCAAAGGGCCCUGCAGGAAAGCGAGGCAUCAGGAGACUGAUCAGAGGACCAGCAGAAGCUGAAACUGCUAAUGACUAGACUGUUGAGAAGUGGCAGGUUAUACUGGCCAGAAAUACAUGAUAUGAAUUUUUCCAUGCCUAUGUUCUUGAAUACAAAAGAAAAACACCAAGUUCCCCUUAUUACACCAUUCCUUUUUUGCAAUAUAUUCAAUCAUUUUACAUGAAUCUCUGUUUUAUAAAGUAUAACAGAUCUGUUUCAGAGUAUCAAAGGAGCUGUUCACCUGCACCGAAUGUUAUCGUGAUUACUUGUAGCGUACCGUGCAGGCUGUUUACCCACAUCUCUUCAUUUUGAUUGGCUGUAAACAAGGAUUUGCAGAUUUCUUUUAGUAUUUAACAUAUUUUCUUUCAAGAUGGGCAUUUUAUUAGUCAAAGGGAUAAUUUUCUGUUGUGUUAACCCUGUCUGGGGCUGGUUGAGCUGUAGAAGUCCAAAAGCUUGAUUGGCCUUUAGAUUGCGGAACAUGUUUGAUAUAUAUUUAAUUUGUUGCCAGGCCACUCUUUGUUACCAUUUUUACAGUAUAUCUUUCAUCAUUCUUGGUAGUUUGUAGAAGAACAUAUAAGAAUCUGACACUAAUACAAGAAAGUUGAUACAAGAUAACUACUCAAAACUGCUACUUUAGGUGCUGAAACAUAAAACUUGUGUGUAUGUGUCAUUGGCACAAUCUAGCUUUUUUUCAGGUAUGUCUGAAGAUAAU